AUGUUCACAAAUCUUAGAUCCACUGAUAACACAAUUAGAUAAUAAGCAGAAUAAGAAUUAUACGCUUAGGUUGCAGCAAAUCCAAUUGCCAUCCUUGAAUAAUUUUUGAUAGCAAUGUAAAACAAAGAUGACACAGAAUUUGUAUCCAUAUUGUUAUCCAAAACAAUUUUUGAAAAUGAAGAGAAUAUUGGCAAGUUGGAAUGGAGUCAUGUCUAAUUUGUAUUAAAGUUCUGUGUUAGCGAGCUAAAAUAAGAUAAUAAGUUGUCUCAUCUUAAGAGAAUGUGUGAUUUGGCGGUAAAAGGAUUACUAAAGUUCACAAAAUAUGAUGAAAUGAUUAUGUUACUCUUUGAAAUAGGCGGAAGUGCUUAAACUUUAAAUUAGAAGUUAGCAACAAUGUAUUACAUUGAAAUCAUGUGUGAAUUUGCAUUAUGUGAUGAAUAAUUAAUUAAACACAGUUAAUAAUUGAAUGAAAUAUUUACAGCAUAUUUGAAUGACUAAUCUCCUCAAGUAAGAGCAGCAACUUGUUAGGGAAUCAGUAGUUUCUUAGUUUCCAUAGAGGAAGAAUCAUUAUUGAAUAGAUUCAGUAAUAAUGCUGUAGUUUUAUUAUAAUAAUUUGCAUAAGUGAUGUAAGUUGAUCAAGAAGCAUCAGUUCAAGCCUUACAAUCAAUAAAUGAAUUAUUAGAAAAUCAUCCUAAAUUUAUGAAGAAUGUAUAUGGAGAUUUAUUAAACAUCUAUACUUAAUUGAUGUAAUCACAAACUACUAUAUCAUUGAAAAAGUCAGCCCUUCAUGGUCUUUAAACAUUAUGUUAAAUUGCCCCAGCCUUUAUUAGAAAGAGCGAUUAAUUUAAGACUUCCUCUAUUCUGAUGAUAAUGAAAAUGUUAACAGAAGUAGAUAGAAAGGAUUGGGAAAAUACCUUUGAUGAUAAUUGUUUAUAAUUGAAUGAUUUAUCAAGUGUUGCUGAAGAUUGUCUAGGUAAAAUGGUUCGAGAUGUGGGAGUGAAAUAUUUGUUACCAAUAUUUGUUCCACUCAUAAUGUAAGCAUUAAGAUCCCCAGUUAUUAAUGAAUAACAUGCUGGUUUGAUUGCUAUGGCAACAUUAUCAGAUAAGGCAGCAGAACAUUUCUAGAAUGAAUUACCUAGCAUAAUGGAUUUGAUAUUGCCAUUAUCUCAAUCAUAAAACAAAUUGAUAGUUUAUGAUUUAUUGACAUGUUUAGCAGCACUCUGUUAGGAAUUCACACCAAAGAUCUAAAUUAAUUAUGGAUCAUAGAUUCUAUAAUUGAUAGUGACAUGCAUGUAAUAAAAGAUCUCAUAGAAAAUCCAAUAUAUUUCUAUAGCUUGUUUAGUAGAUUUUACAAGGGAAUUAGUAGAAGAUAAAGAGGCAGCAAAGAAUGUAUUGACUCCAGUAUCAACCUUUUUGAUUGAAUAAUUAUACUCAGUCAUUCAAACUAAUUUGACAGGUUCAAUAGAUCAAUAAUAAUAAUAAAUAUUAGAAUAAGCACUCUCUGCAUUCAGUGCAUUGGCUACUAGUUUAUAAGAACAUUUCACUUAAUAUUAUGAUUAGAUGAUGCCCUACAUGAUGUAAAUGAUGUAGACAGUCACAAUAAAUGAAGUUAAAUCACUAUUGUUAGAAUGCAUUGGUUGUUUCUUAGUUUCAAUUAGUACAACAAGAAAGGAAUAAUGCAAGACUGAUUCUAAUUAAUUGGUCACACAUUUCAUCUAAUUAUAGAACAAAAUGGAAUCAGAUGAUCCUGCUCAUACAUCCAUCUUCUUCUUCUACACUUAAGUAGCCACAGCAUUAAGAUGUGAAUUUGGUUAAUACUUAGAAGCUAUCUUCCCAUUGGUUGAAAGAGCAAUGAGAUUGGAUGUUGGAUUCUCAGUCAAUUCAUAGGCUGAAGGCAAGAACAUCACUAAAGUCAAGUUGGAUCUCAAAUUCUUGGGAGUUAAAAGCUUAUCACUUAAUACCAGUGCUCUAGAAUAAAAAGUAGAAGGAGCUCACACUCUUGUUAACUUAGCAGAGUAAUGUGGCAAAUCCUUCUAUCCAUACAUCACCAAAACUAUAGUAUUAAUGAAAGAAUUCAUUAAUUAUAAGCACAGCUCAUAGAUCUAAAAGUCUAUGGCUAAAUGCGCUGAAUAUUUGUUAGCUGCAUGCACACUUGAAACAGAUAUGGCAUAAGUACUUAUUUAAGUUACUCCUAUACUCAUUACUGAAUUCACUGUAUUCCUCAACAGCAAAACCUACGAUAGAGCUGCAGAAAUCGCAGAAGUAUUGGCUAAUUGCUUGAAUUAAGUUAAAGCCCCUAUUUUGGAUGCUACUACUAUUGAUUCAAUGUAUUCAACUUCUAACAAGGCUCUUACAGCAAUAGUGAAGACUAAAGAGUCGAUUACUUAUGAAGAUGAGGAGUAAUUUGAAGCUGACUGUGAGGAAAUUGAUUAAUUACUUGAUCACAUUACAAAUAUUGUAACUGAAUUGAUUUCUAAUCAUAAAUGCGAAUCUGUAUAAACUAUGAUGCCAACCUAUUACUCAUUUUUAAAUACUAAAUCAACCAAAUCAUAGACUAUUAACUCUAUUGCAUUUUUCAAUAUUGUUUUACCUCUUUGCAAUGAAUCAGUAUUCUAAUAAGCACAAAAUGAAAUAUUGAAAUGCUAUUCCUCUUUUGCUAAAAACAGCUGA